AUAUGUAAGACCUUGGUUUUGAUGUUGUGGUGAGUUUGCCUCUGCUCAUUUUUUUCCAGCAUGGCAACUAUACUCUGACAGUGGGAUAUAAAGUACUUCAUGGGCCAAAGAGGUACAUAACCUUAAGAUGUCCGGUCCUGGGCAGGCCAACAACUUCCCCCAUACGUAGUUCUACAGUCAUCUGCAGGAAAGAUGGCAUGCUUGCUGUGCUACCUGAUGGUCCAAUAAAUCUGAUCAAAAUAAUAGAUGUCUAUAAUGAAGAAUUGAUUGUGACCCAAGCACCUGUGGAGUGUGGCUACAGACUAGUAAAAAGACGCAGAAGGAUCACAUUGUCUGUCCAGUACACAUCGUGUGAUGUUACUGUGAAGCAUAAUAUGUAUUUGCUCACUGUACUAUACACACCAGCCAAAGGCCCAGAAUUGUCUCUGAACAUGAGCUGCCCUGUUGUCCCACCAAGUCUUCCUACUUCUAGCACUGUAAGACCUCCAGGAAGUCAGCCCACUGUGAUCUGUGGGAGCUCCAGCAUGAGGAUGCUUCUGCCAAAUGGGUCUCCUGACUGGGUCAACAUAAUAAAUAAGACCGGGGGUAAGGCCAAGGUGGUGUCUCAACCAAAGAGCUGUGGCUACGUAUUGGAAAAAGGUUACAACUAUCUUUCCUUCACUACGUUGUACCAAGCUUGUGAUGUUAGAAUUUUGGGUAGUUUUUAUGUUCUCACUGUAAUCUACGCACCAGAAGUUGGUCCUGAACUGGUAGUGAAUAUGAAAUGCCCAACUGCUUCUGGAAACUUUGGCUUCACCACCCUUCCUCCACUAACUUCCCAGAAGCCCACUACUAGUCCUCCAUCCCCUACGGUUUUCUGUAAAGCAGCCAGCAUGAUGCUGGUAUUGCCUGGUUUGCAUUAUGAAAUUCAAAUACUUGACAAGGCCAAUGAGAGAGAACCUGUGAAUUCCACAUCCCAUGCAUGUGGGUACAUAGUGACAAAACGUGAUGGAAAUUUAAUUUUUUCAGCUCUUUAUGAUGCAUGUGAUGUCCUCAUUCAGCAUCACCAUUAUGUACUGACUGUGCUAUACAAACCAUCUGGUAAACCAUGGAAGUCUGUAAGUAUGAGAUGUUCAGUCAAGAUGCCAACAACUGCUCCACCUACAAAGCCUACUGCACCAAGCUCUGUAACUUGCAGGGCUAAAAGCAUGAUGGCAAUGCUACCAGAUGGGCCUACAGACCAAGUCAAAGUAAUUGACUCAUUUGGUGAAGCAGUAGCUGUGAGUGGAGCUUCUUCAGAGUGUGGUUAUGGGCUGACGAAAGUCAAAGGGAAGAUUCUGUUGACUGUCCCAUAUAAUGCAUGUGAUGUUUCUGUGGAGGGUGGGGAUUAUGUCCUUGUGGUGCAUUACCAACCUGUUGGAGGCAUGCAGAUGUCCAUGACCCUCCGAUGUCCUGCUGGUGAUCAGAUAAAAACUACCUCCCAGGGUCCCACCAUUGCAACAAUUACCACCUUUCUCCAUUCAACUAAAAAUGCUACCACACACCAUUCUGAACCCACUUCCAUGUCCACAGCUGGUCCUCCUCCAAAUGUAGUGUGCAGGCAAAAGAGCAUGAUGGUAAUUCUGCCCAAAGCUUUCCCAGAUAGUGUCAAAGUAAUUGGUCAAUUUAUGCAGGAAGUGACUGUGAUAACUGCUCCAGUGAGCUGUGGGUACCAGCUUGUGAUUGGUUACCAACAGGUUGUAUUCAUAACUCCUUAUACAGCUUGCGAUGUCCGCAUUGUGGGUGGCUACUAUGUUCUGGCAGUACGCUACAAAACUAAAAAUGGGCAGCAAAUGAACGUGUCUAUGAAGUGUUCCACUCCUUCUGGUAAUGUGGGGUUUACUACGACAGUUGCUCCUACCAGUGUAAUGAAAAGUACACCCAGGGCACCAAGUGUUCUUUGUAACACCUUCACAAUGAGUGUGCUGCUUGAUGGAUCUUCAAGAGAGGUCUUUGUUCUAGAUAACCUGAAUGAAGCUGUGCCCAUUAACCAGUUUCCUUCAAGAUGCGGAUAUGUUCUCACAAGAAAACCUGGAGGUUUCCUCCUGACUGCACAAUACACAUCUUGUGAUGUCAGAAUCGAGAAUCAAUUCUACAUCCUUAGUGUGCUGUAUACACCUGCUGGUGGAGCUGAAACAUCUGUGACUAUGCAAUGCCCAGUCAUUCCACCACCGACAACCAAGUCAACCACCACAGCCAUGCCGGUGACCCCCAGUGACCCUUUAGUGAUUUGCGAAGGAUUCAGUAUGGAAGCAAUAUUGCCUGCUGGGUUGCUUAGUCAAGUUAAAAUAACAGAUUUCUUUAGUCAAGGAAUGGCUGUAAACCAGGCUCCAAAAGAAUGUGGCUAUACACUCCGAAAAGAAGGUGGAAAGAUCAUUUUCAGCACUCCAUAUAAUGCUUGUGAUGUGUAUGUUCAGUAUAACAGGUACAUCUUGACUGUGCUGUACCAACCUUAUGGACAUCCCCAGAAGUCUUUGACCAUGAGCUGUCCAGUUGUUGGGCCAACACAACCCACCGGUGCUGCUACUACCACCACCACAAAGCCUACAACGUCCAUUCCUCCACCCAAAGCCCUGUGCAGAGGGUCUAGCAUGAUGGUGGUUCUGCCAGGUGUUGCUCCAGAAAAUGUAAAAAUAAUAGAUAAGCUUCACCAUGAGGUGGUGGUCAUCACUCUACCCAGAAGCUGUGGCUACACACUUGUAAAACAAUACAAGCAACUGGUCUUUGCCUCCUUAUACACGGCAUGUGAUGUCAAAGUAAAGGGUGGCUUUUAUGUUCUUGUGCUGGUCUAUACAACUCCAAGUGGUGCGAAAAUUAAGGUUCCUAUGAAGUGUCCUACUACUGGAUCCCUUUUUCCAACUACACUAGCUCCAACAACUAGCAGCAUUUGGACCACACCUAGUGCUCCUAUUCUGAUCUGCAAAGCUUCAAACAUGAUGGUGUUGCUUCCGAUGGGCUCCAUACAUGAUGUCAAAGUAAUAGAUCAAAAGAAUGAGGCAUUGCCUGUGGUUCAGGCUCCUAGAGACUGUGGAUAUGUACUGAAGAAAAGGCCAAUCAAUCUUGCCUUUUCGGCCCUUUAUACCUCCUGUGACAUGAAAAUCUUGAGAAAUCAUUACAUUCUGCAUGUACUGUACACACCUUAUGGUGGUAUGCAGAGGUCUGUGACAAUGAGAUGCCCAAUGAAAGUGCCUACAACUACAAAGGUGCCAUCUACUACCAGCACACUUACCACAAAGGGUUUUACUCCCUCUGUAAUCUGUCACAGUUCUAGUAUGAUGGUCACUUUGCCUGAUGACUCUCCACAUUCUGUCAGUGUCAUAGAUGCUCUUGGUGAACAAGUGGAUGUGACCCAACAACCUUCAAGCUGUGGAUAUACACUGGUAAAAACCAGAGGAAACCUGCAGUUCACUGCCCUUUAUCAAGCUUGUGAUGUGCAGAUCAUAGGUGGCUCCUAUGUACUUCUCCUAAUAUACCAGCCUCAAAGUGGGCCACAAAUAGUUGUCCGGAUGGAAUGCCCAGUUACUUCUGGGGACACUGGGCUGACUACAGCAAUUAGUGCUACAAUCGCCACCAGCACCACAAUACUGCCCACCUCUGCAACACCUACUGUGAUUUGCAACUCUACCAACAUGACAGCAAUGCUUCCAGAUGGCUCUCUUGAUGCCGUUGAAAUAGUAGAUCUUGCUCAUGAGGUGGUUCCUGUAACUCUGACUCCACAAAGGUGUGGAUACACACUACAAAGAAAGCGAGGAUAUCUAUCCUUGGUUGUUCAGCACACUGCUUGUGAUGUCCGUAUCUUGAACAAUAAUUACAUCUUGAUGGUGCUGUACAAACCCACUGGACAGUCUAUGAGGUCUCUGACAAUGAGUUGCCCCGUUGGCAUCCAGAUGACUAUGACCACUACCCUCUCCAAGCCUUAUGCCCCAAGCCCUCCAGUGACUUGUGGUAAUUCUAGCAUGAGUGUGGCAUUGCCUGAUGGACCUCUAGAUCAGGUGAAAAUAGUAUCUUUCAAUGAAACUGUUGCUGUAUACCAGGCCCUUCCAGAGUGUGGCUACAUUUUAAGGAGAGUUGGGAGAAAGAUGGUCCUGAAAGUACCCUAUGACGCAUGUGAUGUUUAUAUAUGGCGCAAUAACUAUGUUGUGAUGGUGCUAUAUAUGCCUGCUGGCGGGGUUCAGAACUGUAUAACCAUGAGAUGUCCACUAAUUAAGCCAUCGCCACCGACAACCACCAUGUCGACGAGGAUAACCACACGUAGUCCCUCAAGAGCUGUGAUUUGCAGAGGCUCUAAUAUGACUACUGACUUACCUGGUGGUGCUUUGGAAGAGGUCUAUGUAAUUGAUAAGCAUUACAAGGAAGUGGCUGUAGUUACUCUUCCAAAAAGCUGUGGCUACUCACUGGUGAAAAGAAACCAUCAACUAUCCUUCACUGCACUAUACAAAUCUUGUCAUGUUAGAAUGUUUGGUGGCUUCUUUUUGAUUACUGUUAUUUACAAGCCUAGAAGAGGGUCACAAAUGGUUGUACAAAUGAAGUGCCCAACAAGUGGAGGCGAUUUGACACAUGCUACCACAACAGCAGCAAUUGCCACCAAGUCCUUGCCUCCCCCUCCUCCUAUAACAUGUAAAUCUUCGAGCAUGAUGGUUGAACUUGCAGUUAAAUCAAUCGAGGAUGUUCUGUUAAUUGGCGAUUCUGAAGAUACUGCUGUUCUACAAGCCCCAAUAGCUUGUGGCUAUUUGCUGACUGAAGCUUUUGGCCAUGUCACCUUUUCCUCUCCUUACAAUGGCUGUCAUGUUAGUCUUCAGGAUAACCAUUAUAUUCUGGAAGUCCUCUACAAACAUAGUGGUGGGAUGUGGAUGUCUGUGACAAUGCGUUGUCCUGCUCGAGAUCUUCCAGUAACAGUGACAGCUGCAUCAGUCUCUCCUCCUAAAGUGGUCUGUAGAUCAUCCAGUAUGAGGGUUUUAUUGCCUAUUGGAUAUGCAAAAGAUGUUCACAUUCUUGAUAAAAACUUGCAGAAAGUGCCAGCCAUUGCUGCUCCUGAACACUGUGGCUAUGCUGUGCAGAAGGGUCCCAACUAUGUCUCCUUUAGUGCACUCUACACUGCCUGUGAUGUGUCCAUUGUGCACCACCAUUACGUACUGACUGUCUACUACAAGACUACUAGAGGAGCCUCCAUUGUGGUGGAUAUGAAAUGUCCCCUUCUCUUUACACGAAGCACAUCUGUCACUGUAAAGCUUGGGACUCCUUCAGCAAUGUGCCACAAGUCUGCAAUGAGUGUAAGGCUGCCUACUGCCUCUGUACAACUUGUGAAGAUCCUAGGCAAGUUCAGGAACUGA